UGAACACAUUCAUCACUGGAUGCAUGAAUAGUUGCCUACUUGUAAUAUUUUAUGUGAAACCAAUAAUGCUGACUAUUUGAUUCACGUGAUUGAAUGCUAUUGUCAUCUGUUCCAUACAUGUCAUCAGCAAAUGUGUAUUAAUUGAUUGAUUGAGUGUGUAUUAACUGAAUUUCACUACUUGUAGAGAAUAUGAUUGUUUUGAAUGAUUGAGGUUAUGGUUAUCAUGAAGUGAGUAAAUGCUUAGUUAAAAUAUUGCUGACUAUUUGAUGAUUGACUUGUUUGAUAUUUGUCCUUUUUGUGACUAAAUCGAAGCCAUCUUGACGACUGCACAUGGACCUGUUACAAUUCACUUGUCUCGGUUAUUUAUGUACUCUGAGGAAGUAACUUACAUCAAGUCACGAAACGUCAGAAACACAAUUUUCUACUCGUUGGGAGAUCACAAAAUAUUAGACAAGAAUUCAGUUACUUCAAUGUUUACAUACAGAAGAGCAUUGAAAGAUGAUUGUGGCUAUUUAACACGUCAAGCAUUAGAUCGUCUUAGUGAUCGUUUACCAUUGACGAUGUCACAAUUGGAUUUUGUAUUCAAUCUAUUAGAUAAAGAUAAAAAUGGACAAUUGACUUUGGAUGAAUUCAUUCAAGGUUUCGGUCAUUUUCUAGUUGAUAAAGCUGCAAACAAUUUAGUAUUGGAUGAAGAAAUUGACGAACAAUAUAAUCAAAUUAUAUCAUCAUUAGAUCCAGAAAAUGUGCUGAAAAGCUAUGAACAAGUAAAGCAUAUAUGGAAAUAUAUGAAAUUGGCUAAUUCACAUUUAUUACCAGAAUUUGAAGAUAUGUUAAGAGCUAUAAUGAAAGAGGUUAAUACUGCUAGAGUAGAAUAUGAAAAUAUGGAACGUAUGAUACAAAAUAAAAUAAUGAAACAAGAUGAAGAAUUGCACAAUUUAGUUGAAGAACUCGAGCUACAAGUUAAUCAAGAAAAGGAACAAUUAAAACAAAAGGAAGAACUCAAAGAAAGAGAAUUGAAAGAGGAAUUAAAUAAUAAAGUACAAGAAAAAGAAAAAUUGUUAAAUGACCUUGUACAACAAUUUGAAAAAGCCUCUAGCAAAGUAGAAGAACUUCAAAAGACUCGAAUGAGCAUUGCACAAGAAAAAGAGAAAUUAUUACAAGAAAAAGAAGAUCUAGAACGAAAAUUAGAAGAAUCACAAGAAAUGUUAAAUGAAUGUAAAGAUUAUAUUGAUACAUUACAGAAGAAAGCACGUGAAGAACGUCGACGUAGAGCAAAAGCAGCCAUAGAACUUAGUGAAGGCAUAGCAUUAGAACGUGAAACAUUAGUAAGACAACUUGAUAUGUUAAGGACUAUUAAUCAAAAGUUAGUCGACGAACAAGAGUUUAAAUCCCAAACGCUUUACGCAGUAAAAGAAACAUCACAAACAGUUGAUUUACGUGAUUUUCACAGUAAAUCACAAUCACUUGAUAUGAACAAUGCAAAAACUUCAGAUACAACAAUAAAGGAUACUGCCGCUUUACCACAUUUACUACGUAGUUCAACUGAUUUGGAUGCAACAAAUUUUGAGAUUGCAGAUGCAAGAAGAGGUUCUACACUGAGUAAUUAUUUCACACCAGUCAUACUGAAUGAUGACAGUAUACGUGAAGGAGAUCUUGAAAAUAUUGAUGAAGCUGAAGAAUAUGAAGAAGUUUUCAAUCAAUAUCCUGGCAGUAUAUACACCCCUCAUAUGCGAAAAACUUCACAGAAAUCUCGAGCACAUAUGAAUGAUUCAGCUGAAGUACGUUAUAUGCCAAAUGGAAGAAGAGUUUCACCUGAUGGGGCUUCUUACAUGAGCUCAAAUGCUGACUCGACUACUAAUGGAUCAUUUGCUGAACGUGUCUACAAAGUUAUAUUUGUUGGUGAUUCCGGUGUUGGAAAAUCAAGUAUUAUACGAAAAUUUGUAUCUGGUGUAUUUGAUCUAAAUCUUCCAUUAACUGUGGCAAUUGAUUUUCAUGUAAAAUUUAUGCAUUGCGAUGGGACUAAUUUGUAUCUACAAUUAUGGGAUACAGCUGGACAAGAGAAAUUCAGAAGUAUUACACGACAAUAUUAUCGUAAAUCAGAUGGUGUAAUUAUUGUGUUCGAUGCAACUAAUGAAUCAAGUUUUUUGGCCGUACGAUCAUGGCUUCAAUCGGUUACCGAAGAAACAGAUGAGAAUACCGUUAUCUUAAUUCUUGAAAAUAAGUCUGAUCUCAUUGACGAAAACGAUGAUAAACGUGCAGUGUCACGAGCUACAAUUGAUAAAAUUGUUCGCGUAUAUAAAACAACGUGCUUUGAAGUCAGUGCGAAGACUGGACAAAAUAUAGAAGAGGCGUUUAUGGUUAUGGCAAGGAAACUCAAAGAAAAAGAAGUUUAUGAACUUCAAACUCUUCAAAAUUUAAAGAAUGAUGCAAAUACCAAGAAGAAUACAUGUUGUCGAUGAAAAAUCAACAGAAUAUUGAGGAGAAAAAAAGAGUAAAUGUGAAUUAUGUAAACAUAUACAAUUAGAUAUACUACAUGUACACGUACGUAUAAAAAAUCUCUCAUGUUCUUAUUCGAUUUAUUUUCGUAUAUUUUAUUUAAGAUGGAAUUUAGAUUAAAAGUUAUACGGAUCCCUUUGCUACUUGAUUAUCAUUUCAAACAAUUCAGACAACUAGAAGGAAUUAUUUUACUUCUAACAUAGAAAAAUUUCUUUAUAUAAAAAACUUUUAAAUCCCCAAGAAUUGGAUAGUCACCAAUAAUUUCAUAAAAAGAAUGUUUUUAUGAAUGUAUUGUAAGAACUUUCAUUUUGCGAUUGUUAUUUCUAAUGAUUAAUUCAUUACUUGACUUUCUUUUCUUGGUGCAUAAUCUUACAUGAUAUUGUUUUUGGUAAUUCAAAAGUAAAUAUGAAUAGUUCAUUGAAAGAUAAGUGGAAUUAUAACACAUUACACUUAGGUAUGUGAAUUUCAUUAAUUGUUAAAGCCUAUAAAUCUUACUCAAUCUUUUAAAGUUUAAAAAAAAAGGACAUUAUCAUCAAUCUAUGCAUAAGAUGUAUAGUUAGGAAUUCAGUUAACAAAAUUGGGUAUGGUUGUUGAUGUUCAUUUGGAAUUAUUGUCGAAAACUAAUAUUAUAAAUUUGAUAAUAUAGAAAAAUGCACUGCAUCUAACUAACUUGAUGUGGUUUAAAUGUUUACAAAAAAAUGCAUGAUACUAAAAAGAAAUGAAUGUUCUAACAGUGAAUAGAGAUGUUACGCAUAAUGAAAAUACCAACAGCUGUUUAUGGAGUGAGACGAACACAUUAAUAUUGAUUGAUACAUCAGAAUGCUUGUUAAUACUUACUUUUUCUUCCUACAGAUGAACCAGUAGUUCAUCAAUCUCACGUUUUCUAAUCUUCUGGUUAUUAGGACCGUGAUAUAUGCCAUUUUUCCACCUUAAGGCAUUACAUUGGAACCAGUGAAACAUUUUUCAUCUAUGAAAGUUAGUUUCCCAUACUAAAUGCAUCAAUUCUCCAAGUGACUCAUAUUUGAAUAUUAUUUCCUUCUCAAACUGAAGCAUGCUGGUCUUAAUAGCAGAAAAUUUACACUUUUACCAGUCUGUGUACAAUAGACUACACUGGGUGGAAUUCAACUCUUAUUCCCCGAUUAGGUAAAAAACAUAUUAAAAUUGCUAAUCAGACAGAAACAGGUUACUCGGACGAGAACUAGAUCCAAUUUCGGCGGUGAAACAGUUAGAUAUUUCAAAUCGUAAAAUGUUAUAAUCCAAUUUAGAACAAUCCGUAAAUAUAGUCGCACUUGAUGCACAAUUUUGUGAGUUAUUUUUUGGAACUGAAGUAUCAUAAUUCAUAAUUUAGCAACUAGCUUUCACUAACAUUCAGAUAUUAGUUCUGUAAGUUAAGUCUACUCUAAUCAAGGCAAAAUUUAAUGUUCAAUGAACAACAAAGACCCAAAACUUUCGAUUAAUAUGUAAAAUUAGUCAACAUAACUGUUGGUUACGCAAGAGGAAUGCUUCACAAAGUACACUCCAUUCACCUUAAUAACGAUUUCUGACUUUUAACUGAUAUAUCGUAUACAUACGAUGAGCUAGUAACCCAAAGAGUCAAGUCAUUAAGGUAAAUAUGUAUAUUCAGAAAUGAAUGUUUCUUUGAAUAAAAUCAACUUUGCCUUACUAGUCAAUUUCUUCCUGACUGUCAAGUGUAUGUAAGCACAUCAGGAGAUUCACUGAAAUAUACUCUUACAGUUAGGUUCAUACUGUCACUAGUGUAUGCAGAACAACAAAAUAUUGUUGCAUUCUAAGCUCAAGGCGAAUGUCCGGCGCUUUAAC